AAGUCGUUUCAUUCUGUUGUGCGCUCUCAGCGGGCGCAGCGUCCCACUGUCUGCUGUUUCAUCUCAUCCAAACCUGUUUUAUUUCAUAUUCCCUCAUAUUAUCAUAUCGUUCAGUUUUUUUUGCGUUUAUCCGUUUCGGUUUGCACGGUUAACGUGCAGGAGUUUCAUCGGAACAUAUGGCGCGUAAUGGAUUUAUAUUAGGCGCUCUGUGCGCACUUUGGGCAGCGAUCUGCGCUCAGGAUGUCCAACGACCAUCCUUCAGAGAAUGUCCUGUGGAUUUAUUCUUUGUGUUGGACACCUCUGAAAGUGUGGCCCUCAGAGCUAAACCACCAGAGUUCUACAUCAACCAAAUCAAGACCUUCACUAAACUGUUCAUCGAUGAGUUGAAAGACAUGCGCCAGCCAUGUGAUCGUGAUGUUACCUGGAACUCUGGAGCGCUACAUUACAGUGAUGACACUGAGCUUGUGAUGGAGUUAGUUGACCUGAACACAAAACGGGCCGACCUGAAGGCUGCCAUUGACACAAUCAAAUACAUCGGCAAGGGAACGUACACUGACUGUGCCAUCAAGGAGGGUAUCGCCGAGCUGCUUAAAGCGGGCUCCCACUAUCAUGAGAACAAAUACAUAGUGGUGGUAACAGACGGUCACCCUGUGACCGGAUACAAGGAGCCAUGUGGUGGGAUCCAGGAGGCUGCCAAUGAGGCUCGACAACACGCCAUCAAAGUAUUCGCUGUGGCCAUCUCACCUGAUCAGGAGGACACCAGACUGUCUGUCAUCGCCACAAACCCGAAUUACAGACAAAACUUCACAGCUGCAGAUGACUCCCGCUCCACGCAAAUGUUAACCAUACAGAACAUCAUUCACACUAUCACGAACGAAACAAAAGAUGUGUGUUGCUCCUUUGACUGCAAUGCACCUGGAGGCCCCCAAGGACCCCCUGGAGAUCCAGGACACAGAGGAGAGCCUGGAAGACCAGGCAUGCCAGGAGAGAAAGGAGAUGUUGGUGCUCCGGAUAUCUCCAGUACCACUCCCGAACCAGAGACCAGCCGGCCAUCACCCCGCUGCACGGAGCCUCUGCACGAGCCCACCGCAGAUGGAGAACCCGAGCCUGCUGCGAUCGAGGAGCCAUCGCUUAAAGGAGCAACAGAGCGGAUCAUCGCCCCGGAGCCCGAGCUCGACGACACGACUGACCAGGUGUGUGAGCCGGCUACACCGUAUGCUGCCGUGGGAGUCCUGGUGGACGUCGAGGGGCUAGAGGGAAGCCCCGCCCACACUGCCGCUGCAGAGGGUGAGCUAAUACUGGACUCUGACAUAUUAGACUGUGCCAAUGGAUUGGAUUACUGGCUGCUCCCGCCCCGCUGGUCCCGCCCAGCUCCUCCUCGUCUCCGCUGGUCCCGCCCAGCACUCUUUCAGCAGCCAGAAUCCCAUCGCCAGUUUCCAGAAAGUCCCCGCCCCCGCUGGUCCCGCCCAGCUCCUCCUCGUCUCCGCUGGUCCCACCCAGCACUCUUUCAGCAGCCAGAAUCCCAUCGCCAAUUUCCAGAAAGUCCCCGCCCAACCUCCCACUCCCGCCUACUCUGUCAUCGCCAGCCAGUUCAUCAGCCCUGGGUCUGCUGGCACCUGGAGAUGCCUUGGCUCACCCUCUGCAUGUAA